UCUCUAAAUAUUUGUAAAUUUAUUCUCUCUAUUAAUGUGUAUCUAUAUGUCUGUAUUGAUGCAGAAGGGGGUCUCAGAUUUUGGAAUUUAUCUGUUAAUUUAGCUUGUUUUUGCAGUUAGUUUUCCAUUGAUUGCAUUUUUUUUAGUGUUAUCUUGUUUUUUUCUCUUUGCUCUUCAUUUCUGAAAUUUAAAGCUGUAUUUAGUGUUCUAAGGUUGUUUAGCCUUUCAGAUUUAAAUAUCAGUAGAAAAUACAAUGAAUUUCUAGAAUUUUUAUUUUUUUCAUUUUGAAUAGUAUUAGCCUGAAAUAAGUUUAUAUGAAAUUAUUAGUGAGAAUUCAUAUAGCUGGCCGUAACUUAUUUGGGAUUAAAGGUGUUUUGAUACUUUGUUAUGAAACCCAAACCCAAAUAUUAUCAUAUGAUUAAAGAAUUUAAAAUAUAAAAAUUUGCCCUUUUAUUUAUGGUUUUAUGAGAUGGUGAAUUUUAUUGGGAUCUGAGAAGAACCUGCCAGAAUGUAUAACUCUGGAGAAUGCCUUUUUCAUUAUUUUUUUAAUCUUUUAGUUAUCCUUUUGAGAGGGUGCAUUAUAAUAUUAAUAAGGGAUUAGAUCUAGUAAGAAGUGAGUGGUAAUUUAUUUGUAGAUAGCUAAAGGACAAAACAAAUGGUGGGGAUUGGUCAUUGACUUAGUAGACGGGCUUGUAUUUUAGCCGUUUAAGCAAUGUACAAAAGUUUCAAAGUUGAAAUGACCAGUUCUUGUCCUUUUCUUUAUCUACUAUGGACAAAGUUCAGCUGCCAUGUGGUUAGGCAAUUUAUUUAACAUAAAAAGUGACUAUUUGUACAGGAGAUUGCACCUAAACAGGACUCAAUAGAACGUAUUAUCUCUCAACUUGCUUCUUGCAUUGAGAAGUUAAAUCGCCUGUGGACAUUGAUCGUCUGUUUGUAUUCCAUGUAUUUGAAUCACUUGAAUGCGACGACAGUGUCUUAACACACUGAAGAGAAGGCCACCAUGAAGGAAAAUCUGGACGAGAUAUUAAAUCACUCAAAUGGUUACAAUGAGUCUAAGUCUUUAGUCUUUCCAACAAAAGAUCUGCUUGAUUCCAAUGGUUAUCACGGCGGUAAAGACUCUUUGGAAAGUGAAACAAAAGAGAGGAACGAAUUCUGGAAACAUCAGGAACUUAAUGGCUCUGUAUUUUUUGAAGAUAUUUCAAGAAGUAACAAACACGAAACUACUUGCAAGAGAAAUGGAAAUCCUUUUGCAUGUGACACAGAAGAUAGAGAUCACACCUGGAGUAUUCCAGAAUUUGAGGGCUCGAUGAUUGUUGACGUUGAUGAUAAAGAAAAUGGAGCCAUAGUCUCUAAUGCACCAUUUACCUCUGUUUCAGAGUUGUUUGGUAUAGACACUCAUUUAUAUACCGAUAAGGGUGUCGUGGAAUGCAAAUUGCCUGAAUCGACAAUUUGCUACAAAGAAAGUAACUAUAACAUUAUGAAAGACAUAUGCAUAGAUGAGGGAUGCAUAGAUGAGGGUGUACCUCUAGUGGAUAAAAUUGUAACUGAAAGCACGAAAGAUGAUCAGCCCAACUCGUCUGUUUCUCUAGCUGCUGACGAACACCGCCCCAGCUAUACAAGGGGAAAUAUUGACAGUGAAUUGCUCUCAACAGGUGAGUAUAAAGCUUCAUCAGUUGAAGAUACCGACAAAAUUGCUUUGGCUCAUCAUACAACUACAGAAGAUGAGGACACUCAGUCGCUUGUUCCAAGCGGUUUAAACCCCUCCUCAGAAGAUAAUAUCAGCAAAGGCGCUGAUAAGGAUUCUUGUCUAGAGGAUGUGAUGAAGAUUUUUGGAUCAAAAUGUACCACAUUGGCAAAAGCCAUUAACACAUCAGAAAAAGAAUCCGGCAUCCAGAAUUCUAAAGAAUCUAACUCUGAUGCUGAUCAAUCAGCACAGCAGCCUGAUCAGAUGCCUUCUGGCGUAGCAACUGUCAACAGCCAAAAUGCAGUCUCGGCACCUGAUGAAACAAACAACACUGGGCCAUGUAGCAACUUCUUUUCCAAUAGCAAGUCGGAAGCUGGAGCUAUUACUUGUGACCAAAGCUCUACUGAGUCAACUUUAAGUAGCAGUGUGGAAAAUAUCGUCAAAAACUUGCCUGAAAAAUCCUUUAAAUUAGAGGCCAUCUCCAGUCACAAGGAUGGGAGUUCUGAUAGCAUUUCAGCUGGUAGUCAAGUUCAUUUUACCAAUAGUGUGGACAGGAGCGAUAGCAGUGUUCAUGGACAAUCUCUUGACCCCAAAAAUAUGGCUAAUCUCGAGGAUAAAACCUCUGAUAAUGUCCCCCUUGGUACGCAUGGUCAUUUUGCAGACGGAGAAGCAAGUUUUUCUGCAGCAGGACCUGCAUCUGGUUUGAUCAGUUACUCAGGACUUAUAUCACAUUCAGGCAGUGUCUCUCUUCGGUCAGACAGCAGUACAACCAGUGCUAGAUCCUUUGCCUUCCCAGUCUUACAGAAUGAAUGGAACAGUAGUCCAGUAAGAAUGGCAAAGGCAGAAAGAAGGCGGAAACAGAGGGGUUGGAGGCAGAGCCUUCUCUGUUGUAGAUUCUAAGUCCUUUUAUUUCUUUUAAUAGGGUUGUUAGUUCAGAACUAUACAUCACUUAUAAUCCGAAAUCAUGAUCCAUUGAGUAUUUGUAAUUAUAAAUGUUGAUAUUCUCUUAGGAAUGAUAUGUUAGUGGUGGUAGGUUUAGAUGGCUCUUUGAGUUUGUUUUCUUAAAGAGUGGAGGCUGUGAAAUAUAAAAACUCACAUUUUUGUUUUCCUUACUUUA